AUGCUCAUUGGAUUAUGUGGAGGCAUAUGUGCCGGCAAACAUGCGAUUGCCGAGUACCUGAUUCAACAACAAGGGUUCCAACUUCUUGAGCUUGCCAGCAAAAUGCCCCAGAUCACCGACCCCGAGGAUGACUUACGACUACAAGCUUCAGAGAUCAGAAAGAAAGGAGACACCCAACCAGAGCAUACGUUUGAGAAUGCCGAUAUUCUCCUCGACUUUGCUACUAAAAGAUGGCAAGAACGUUGGAUAACUACAGAUAUUGCAGAUGCAAGUACUCUAGAUCGAUUCCUGUUACGCCCAUUCUUUCUGCUUGUGAGCGUUGAUGCCCCGGUGAGCCUCCGAUGGAAACGAUUUGCGGACAGGUGCUGGAGAAGACAGCUAGACCCGCCCGAUCUCGAAAAAUUUGUUCUCUGGAACGACCAUAACUUAUACGACAAGGAUGUUGGGCGUGUUUACUUGACCGAUAAAGCCCAAGUGCGCUUGUUUAACUCAUCGUCAUCCCUUGAAGAGCUACACUCGGCCCUGAACACUCUUGACCUGGCUGACGAAGAGCGACUACGACCAAAUUGGGAUCAAUAUUUCAUGCAGCUGGCCUCUCUGGCCGCACAAAGAAGCAAUUGCAUGAAGAGAAGAGUAGGAUGUGUGCUGGUCCGAGAGCGCCGUGUCAUUAGUACUGGGUACAACGGAACUCCGCGUCAUCUUCGAAACUGCAACCAAGGUGGAUGUCCUCGAUGCAACCGCGGAGAUGGAGGUGGAGUUGGCCUCUCAACGUGCCUUUGCCUACAUGCCGAAGAAAAUGCGUUGUUGGAAGCAGGCAGAGAGCGCAUUCGAGAGGGCGCUAUUCUUUACUGUGAUACAUGCCCGUGCCUGACAUGCACUGUUAAGAUAGCCCAAGUCGGCAUAUCUGAAGUUGUUUACUCUCAAGGAUAUAACAUGGACAAAGAUAGCGCUGCCAUCUUGCAAGAAGCAGGUGUUCGUCUACGGCAAUUCCACCCGCCCUCGAAUGGUCUUGUUUAUUUGCAGGACCUUGUGGUUUGA